UCCAACGCAUGAAAUGCAACUGUCUAACCCAACUUUGUUUGCUAACCGAAAAUGUCGAUGCUGCUUUCGCCAAAGAAUCUGGCAUUUAUACAGAGUUUCUCUAAAUGUUUACACACGAAACCGGCCAAAUUAAACGCCUCCUCAUCCAGGCUGUUAACCACAAAGCAGAUACCAAAAAAUGAAGUUAUCAAUACCAUACCGCAAACGCGCACGUUUCAAGACAACUUGAAAUUUAGAAAAGAUGAGGCGUCACGUAGUAUUCUAGUACAAGUGCAAUCAGCACAAUCCUACAAAGAAUUGCAUAGUUAUUGCAGUACAUUUGGGCACAUUAAUAACAUGCUGCAUUAUUCAACUGGUACAGAACCAAUGCAUUUCAUAAUUGUUGAAUUUAAUCAUGUUGAUGAUGUACAGAAUGCCUAUGCAGGCAGUGGAUAUUUGGAGGAUACACAUGCAGUGCCUGUACAAUCACAAUUCAUGUGGUUUAGAGCUGCCAGUAAAAGAAUGAGCAAAGUUAAUAACCAAAAAUGCAAAAAUGCAAAACUCAUAGUUGAAAAUGGAAACAACAUCUUAAGAGAUAUGGAAAUCAUGGAUAUAUUAAGAAAUGCUAAUAAUGUUUCAGAACAAAUGCAACAGUUGCACAACUUAACAAAACUUAAUGAAAUUGGAACCAGAUUAAUUUUGGUAGCGAAACAGGUGGAAUUGUCUGUUGCUGGCAUGUUUCCUUCAGCUGUGGCCUUUCCGUUUGGUUCUUCAGUCAAUGGUUAUGGCAAAAUGGGCUGUGAUUUAGACUUAGUUCUAAAGUUAAACAAUAAUUUACCAUCCAUUAAUGAAGACACCAGAUUAGUUUACCAUAGCAAAGCGAGCAUGGGAUCUGAACGUUCAACUUCUCAGCGUCACAUGGAAGCAAUCAGCGAUAUUCUGCAACUGUUUCUUCCAGGUUGCUCACAAGUACGACGUAUUUUACAAGCACGAGUGCCAAUAAUUAAAUAUUACCAGCAAUUGGCUGAUAUUGAAUGCGAUUUGUCCAUGUCAAACACGUCUGGGGUUCAUAUGUCUGACUUUUUAUACUUGAUGGGAUCAAUUGACGACCGUGUCCGGCCACUGGUCUUCACAAUUCGUCGCUGGGCAGCGGAAACGGGGCUAACAAAUUCAUCCCCUGGACGCUGGAUAUCAAACUUUUCACUCACUCUCUUAGUUAUUGCGUUUUUACAAUCAAAACCCAUUAAUAUUCUUCCAUCUCUUAAUACUUUGGUACAAAUGGCUGGUGAAGACGAUAAAUUCAUCGUUGAAGAUGGCCUAAAUGUCACAUUUCUACGCGAUCACAACAAAUAUCUCCAAGUUCAUCCCACAUCGAACACUGACGAUUUAAAAGUGUUGCUUCAGAAGUUUUUAGAGUAUUAUUCAUCAUUUGAUUUUCAAACGAAGGCGAUUUCGCUAAAUGAAGGCAUACCGAUUAAUAAACCAGAACACAGUGCGUUGUACAUUGUAAAUCCUCUUGAACGAGGGUUAAAUGUAAGUAAAAAUGUUAGCAUUGAAGAAUUGGAGAAAUUUAAAGCUGAAGUACGAAAUGCUGCGUGGCUGUUGGAAUCUGAGGAGAAUAGGACAAAUAAUUGGGGCCUGUUGCAUAUUUGUUCACCAAAAAAGAAGACUAAUAAUGUUACCACGCAAUUCCAUAAACAACCGAAAUUACUGGAGGUUAGCAAAUUGUUUGAAGAAGAUAUAGAAUAUAAGAGUGAGGAGAUAAAGCGACAAGUGCAGAGCAUCAAACGGACGACGAAGGAACACAUCAAGAGUUUGAGUGAAAGUUUAGACGUAAAUAGUCAGAAAGCAGGGAGAUAAUAUAUAGAAAAUUAUUAGUAA